AGUUUGAUAGUGGAAUUUGAUUAACAUGUUUGCUUCUUAUAUGUUUAGUGUGCUUUUACUGUUAGCUACAGUUAAUGGAAAAUUUUUACAAGACACCUGCUUGACGCCUAAUUCCGAAAGGGGUAUUUGCAUUAAUUUGCAGGAAUGCCCUCCAAUUUUCGCUUUGUCUAAUGAUUUUACAAAUCAAAUAACCUUGGAAAUUCUGAAAUUUCUAAUUGGAUCACAAUGCGGAUUUGUCAAGUCUAAUGCCAAAGUUUGUUGCCCUCUGAGCGAAUUAAAUAAAGAAGACAUUUCGAACCAAGAAUCCGUUGCAAGCAACAGUUUUGUAUUAACGCAGUAGAUUUUUACUUUUUAUGUAGAUUUAAAAAGUAAAAGAUAUUUAAAUAUGUGUGACAUAUUAUACUUGAUAAGUUAUUGAUAAAUAAGUACGAUGCAAUCAAUGCGUUGUAAGUAAUAGUUUUAGGUAAUAAAAUU